AUGGCCCGAGCAAGCUCUGAUUCGUUCGCACCGCCAAUCGACCAGGGGCCUCGGGAGGACAAACCCGCCCAGUAUCGAGACCAGCAAUGCGAGACGCUGCUCGCCAUCCAUGGCAGCAGCUUCAUGGCUCCAUCGUCAUUGGGCAUCGCGACUGAAAGCAGGAAGCUCUGCCAGGUCCUGCUAGAGACGAAGCAGACGAUUCCUGAAAAGUCGCUCUUCCACGACGACUUGUUCCAACAGACCUGCCUGAAGCUCCGAAACGCGAGCCACGCUCGGAUCAUUCGUGACAUCUCUCAGCUUAUUGUCCCCUCGGCAGAGACUCUUGCAACAUACGGAGCCAGGCACCUCGAUAUCCUCGCAGAGAGUGUCAACGAAGGCUGGAAGUGCUCGUGCGCCGUACCCGGGGUUGCUACUCCACAGCCAGAUUACUCGGUUGGAUUCCGGUUGGGUGCUUUUUCAGACACACAACGUGCGGUGCUGUCGUGGCUCGUCACGGAUUCCUCUCGCCUGUCCUUCUUCAAGGCCACGUCUCAUGUGUACCUCCCAUUCUUAUCCUGCGAAAUGGCUUCUCUCGACGUCGCAGAUCGUCAAAACGCACACAGCAUGACCCUUGCGGUGCAGGGCGUGACAUUGCUCUUCUAUAUUGUAGGACGUGAACACGAGCUCCACCGACAGAUUCUCGCCUUUUCUAUUUCACACGAUGACAGGUCAGUUAGGAUAUAUGGACACUACCCGGUGAUAGAUGGGAGGGAUAUAAAGUACUACCGCCAUCUCAUCAAAGACUUGUCGUUUACCGCAGAUGAUGGCAGAGAGAAGUGGACUGCAUACCAGUUUGUGAAGAACGUCUAUGACAUAUGGAUGCCUCAACACUUUGGGAGGAUCUGCUCCGUUCUCGAUCAGGUACGCGUUAUACGGGGCGAAGCUUAG